UAUCAGCUGAUUGCGUCACAGCAUUUAUAGACAAAAAACGCAAAAACAAAAAACAAGUCGCAGUAUAAAAAUUUGGUUUCUCCGAGCUGAUCGUGCAAAUUAUAGUGAUCCACCACUCUCAAAAUGAAAUUCCAAUACAAAGAAGAGCAUUCGUUCGAGAAGAGGAAGACUGAAGGCGAGAAGAUUCGCAGGAAAUACCCCGAUCGCGUACCAGUGAUUGUCGAGAAGGCCCCGAAAGCGAGACUGGGCGACCUCGACAAAAAGAAGUAUUUGGUGCCGUCCGACCUCACUGUCGGGCAGUUCUACUUCCUGAUCAGGAAGCGCAUCCACCUGCGGCCCGAGGACGCGCUGUUCUUCUUCGUGAACAACGUGAUCCCGCCGACGUCGGCCACCAUGGGCUCCUUGUACCAGGAGCACCACGACGAAGACUUCUUCCUGUAUAUUGCAUUUUCCGACGAAAAUGUUUACGGAAACUAACUUCCUUUCUUACAAUCAAUAUUUCACUAUGAGCCAUGUGUUGUUUUCCAUCUGACUAUUGGUUUCUACCUAGUUGUAAGGCUUAGCUUGUAAUUAUUUUAUUUUAAUGGUGAUAUCUUUAAUUUGCUUUUCGACAUUCAUGUUGAGAGUGCAGUAUAGCAGUUUAUAAUUAUUAUUUCACUUACACACUUAAUAUUAAUAUGAAUGAAAAUAUUGCAAUACUUAUUUCAAUCUUUAUUCGGUAUAGGAUUCUGUAAUUAUUUCUGUAAAAAAAAUAAAAACCUAAAACAA